UAUCGAGCACACAAAGAGGUGCAGAGGUUAAAAAAAAAAACUGACACGUGGAUUUCUCGUCAGUGAGGCGUCAAGAAAAACAGAGUUCUUCGCUCAGUUUCCGGUCGACCGUACGCUUUUUUUUUUUUUUUUUUUACUCUUCACGGCGAGGUAUGUGUCUCCGAACGCCGAAACUGCGCCGCGUCUUCUUCCUUCCUGAUCUGCCGGGAAGAAAUUAAAGCAAACAGUCGAGGCUGCCGCUAAAAUCACAAGGCAGUGUUGAAUGGCAGUGAUUCAAAAACAUGGCAAGAACUAUGGUCCAGAUUUGGUUUGUCACAAGGAGAACCAUCCGGCCGACAAGAUUGGAGUCCCUGGAUGUCACAAGAAGUGGGCCGAACACAACAACAACAACUGGCCAAGGCCGGUGGCGAGGGUAUGGACAGUGGUGCUCCUGCUUGGUACUUGCCUCCUCUACUGUGCCCGGGUGGCGAUGCCCAUCUGUGCAGUCAGCAUGGCAGAAAAGUUCAACUGGAGCAAGAAAGAGUCUGGCAUGGUCCUGGGCAGCUUCUUCUGGGGUUACUGCUUCACACAAGUGUUUGGAGGCUACGUCAGUGACCGGGUGGGAGGAGAAAAAGUCCUCCUGCUCUCUGCUGCAGCCUGGGGUUCCAUGACUGCCUUCACUCCCAUCUUAGCACAUUUUUGCUCCCAGCCGAUCUUCUCAAUGACACUGGCCCGCUUCCUCAUGGGCCUUUUACAAGGUGUUCAUUACCCUUCUUUGGCAAGCUUGUGCUCUCAGAAGGUGGUGGAGAGUGAGCGAGGCUUCCUCAUGAGCACCGUGGGCAGCGGCUCCUACCUGGGCACCCUUGUGAUCGGAGGCGCUGGUUCCCUCAUGCUGGACCUGUAUGGCUGGGAGAGCGUCUUCUAUGUGUCGGGUCUGCUGGCAGUAAUGUGGGCAUACUGCAUGUGGAAAUACUUACUCAAAGGAGAAGGGCCUAUCAUCACUCUGGAGUCCCUGGGAAGUGGUGGCCCACAGUCCAAAGUGACCAAAAGGCAUUGGUUACGGCUCUUCAAACAACCUGCAGUCUGCGCCGUGAUCAUUACGCACCUUUGCACAGCGAGCACCUUCUUCACUUUGUUGUCAUGGCUGCCAACCUUCUUUAAAGAAACGUUCCCUGAUGCUAAGGGAUGGGUGUUCAAUGUCAUUCCUUGGUUGGUGGCAAUCCCCUCAUCGCUCUUUAGUGGCUACUUGUCCGACCAUCUCAUCAGUAAAGGCUUCGACACGACCUCAGUGAGGAAGUUAAUGCAGUUUUUUUCAAUGGGGAUUUCCAGUGUGUUUACCCUGCUUCUGUGUGGAAACACCACAUUCCCUUGGGCCACAGCAUUUGUGUCGGCCACUAUGGGCCUCACAACCUUCAGUCACAGUGGCGUAUCUGUAAACGUCCAAGAUCUUGCUCCAUCUUGUGCAGGGGCAUUAUUUGGUGUUAUGAACACAUGCGGCGCAUUCUCAGGGGUCCUUAUGGUGUAUUUCUCGGGGUAUCUCAUCGAGUCCACAGGCUCUUGGAGGUCCAUGUUUGGCCUCAUCACCGCCGUCAAUCUGCUGGGCCUCUGCAUCUUCUUGGCCUUCGCUGAGGCCCGCCGCGUCGACAUCGACCCCAGCAAGAUCCGACAUCACAACAUCCAUAUAUGAGUACUCCUUCCCAGACUGGACUUGGAUGUCCUGGGAAGGAGCUACAUCCUUCACAUGGGAGGUCUGUCCGUCUGUCUCUCUCUCUCUCUCUCUCUCUCUCUCUCUCUCUCUCUCUCUCUCUCUCUCUCUCUCUUUCUCUCUCUCUUUCUCUCUCUCUCUCUCUCUCUCUCUCUCUCUCUCUCUCUCUCUUUCUCUUACUCUUUCUCUUUCUCUCUCUUUUGCUCCUGCACACACUUAACUGCGUAGACCAUACGUGUAACGCACACACUGGUGUCUCCCUAAUUUUGUUCACAUAGAUACACAACAUUGAAUCCUAAAAAAGAAAAGAAAAAAAAAACAUGUUGUCAGGGAACUGUUCAGGGAGGCUGGUCAAGUUUUUUUUAGUUUAGGAUGAUUUAAAAGCACAUAGUUAAAAUGUAAAUAGCUUCAUUUUGUAGUUUAAAGGAGGACUUUGCACACCCCCUCCAAAAAAAACAAAACAUUUUUGGUCAUAUUUGUAAAUGGUCAUUAUAUUUUGACAGUACUUCUUGAUAAAUAUGAUCUGUAAAAAAUCAGCCGUCCGUGGGCCCCAUCUUUGCCUCUAAUUUAAUAUACAAGAAACCACACACUCACAUAUCAUAUUUAUCAUGUACGCUACUACUGGCAAGUUAUAAUGACUGUUUUAACAAAUAUGACAAAGUGAUUUUUUGGGGGUUGAAAAUUUAAAGCCCCUUUGUGCAUUUGUUUGCAGGAGUACACAGAAACUAGAAACAGCCAUGAAACUUUACGCAGGGGUGUGGCGUUGGCCAAGGAGCAACCAAGUCAAAUUUGUUUGUUCUGGAUUCAGAAAAUAGUGCUGAUCCAAAAAUUGUUUUCCUUUUGCACAGUUUUAGAUUUUCUAAAUUUUAAAAACCUUAAUUUCUCAGUACAAUUUGGGGAAUCUUGAUGGCAAGGCUUGUGCAGGAUGCUGGAGUUUAUGAAGAGUAAAAAUUGCAGAUAAGGGAUAGGAAUAGUUAUCAAUUAGUCAGUAUAUUGAUUAAGAAUUCUAUGGAUUUUGUGAAAUAGAUUCUUAUUUAAUUGAUCUUAAAGCAGUUCAGUUAUUGAUGGGUAGUUUUCCCCAUAGUCAAGAACAUUUGGUCAAAUGUUGAUUCAAAUUCACAUUUUUAACCUUGGAGGAGAUCUGCACUUUGAAUGUUAUAAUGGGGCUGAAUUCAAGAAAAUGCUUCUGGAACCUCACCUCAUCCUUAAGAGCCAUUCGCCUGACAAAACAUGUUUAGAGUUUAUCUGUGCCUGGUCCUUGUGCUUUUGUGUGAGGUGCUUUUGCCAGUGUUCUCAUGUCCUGUACUGUUUGUUCCCCAUCGCCACCGUUGCACUUUCUUUUACGGUGAGAUGAAGAGGCUUAAAAUGAGUGAGUGUAUCCUCCCUGUUUCCUGUCUUAACAAAUGUUCGAAAGCAGAAAGACCAAAGUUACUGAAAUUAUACUUUUUUUUCCUUAAAUGUCGAUUCAAGCUGUACAAAUACCUCAUGUAAUUAUUUCGUACUGUACUUAUAUAUUUUUAUUGCUUAAGAAGUAUAUUUUUAGAGAGAAUAAAUAUAUUAAGUUGAGAUGGCAGGGGAAAAAAACACCCCUGAUAGACCUGACUCGUCUGAAUGUGAAUCUUGCUUUGGUGGAAGCAGCUAUCGUACUUAUUGUCGUCAUGGAAGACAGGAAGUCAAGUCAGUAUUUGGCUAAUUUGGAAAACGUCUCCCCCUCUCUGUCUCAACUUGCCCCCCUAUGGUUUGCUGUGCGCGCAUUGCACACUGGCAUCAUGAAUGUUGCACACCUUGCAAGAAAAUGGGAGAUGUUCAGUUUGUAGAACAGCGAAGACCUUUUUGUCUUCUAUUGUCACACAUGGGAAAAAUGAAAAUGAUGGGUUGUAGCUUUUGGAAGAUUUGAUAUCGAGUUCAGGUGCUUACUUGACGUAGCCAAUCUAUGCAUUCAUGUUUUUGUGCCUGCUUGCGAGUCACAUUGAUGUGAUCAUUGUGUCGCUGCGUGUCAUCUUGACCUUUAUGUACGAAGGUACAUCUUUGUACGGUUCUUGUAAUAGGCUUUUUUUUCCCUUUUAAUGCACAGCACAUUCCUUGUCAUUUAUUGGUCCAAAAUGAUUAGAUUGUUUUGUAUGACAGUGAAAAUGUUAUUUAUUUUGUCAUCAUACAUCCUUGGUUUAAGGUUAGCAAAAGAAAACUUGAUCAGGCUAGUUACAGUAAUUGAUUUUGAUAAUUUAUCACAGCCUGAAAGUACAUAUCCGCUGUAUCUUGCUACCUUGACGGAAUGUAAAAUUCCUUUAACACAUCAUAGGGAACAAAUAUUGUUACACCAAAUGUGCUAUUCUUCAGAUGCUUCACCUUUUCUUUUUACAUUGCUUUUCUUUACCAAUUUUCGCAUUCUCUUACUCAUGUUGCACACUAACAUUUAUACAAUAAAUUGUUCAGUGUGGUUCUUGACAGCUUUCCUGGGAGUUUUGAUGUGUUGCUGCAGAAAGGCAGUAUUAUUAAAUAAAAAUGAUAUACUGUUAUUUAAAAGCAUGUCCUAACUGAACAAAUAAAAAUAUUUUGUCAACA